CUCAGAAGCAAAUCCGGUAAAAAUCGCCGCUCCCCUCCAAACCAAACCAGAAACCCCAUUUCAAACCAAAACCCUCCUCGGCGACGAGCUCGAAGCGGCAAUGGCGGACGGCGGCGGCUACGACCUCCUCACCGCGCUCCCCGACGACGUCCUCCGCCUCCUCCUCGCCCGCCUCCCCUCCACCGCCGAGGCCGCGCGGACCAGCGUCCUCUCCCGCCGCUGGCGCAGCCUCUGGACCAACCUCCCGCAGCUGCGGUUCGCGGACGUCACCGACCUCGCCCGCGUCGCCGCCGUCCUCCGCCACCACUCCGCCCCGGUCCUCCUCCUGCGCAUCGAGAGCAGCGACCCCGCCCCGGAGAAGAUCGCCGCCGUCCUCGACCUGGUCGCGCCCCGCCUCCAAGGCAAGCUCCACUUCGACAUCAUCACGCCGGGGAACCAAAAUUCGGCGGCGGGGGCGGCGGGGAUCGGGGCCGCGAUUCGGAUCCCGUGCUUCGAGAAGGCCACGGAGGUCACCAUCCGCUUACUACGCGGCAUCGGCAUCCGGCUGCCACCACCAUCCGGCGUCUUCGCGAGGCUCACCGCGCUGAGCUUGAGCCACUGCAGGUUGGACGACCAGAGCCAGCGCGAUCUCGGAGGCGCCGUCUCGUCGGAGGGGUGCCCGUCGCUACGAGAGCUCCGUAUCCGCGAUGCCGAUGUGGUGUCCAAUCUAGCCAUCCGCUCGGAGUCUCUCCGCCUUGUUCAGCUGUCUCGACUGGAAGGGAUUCGUCAGCUCACCAUUUCUGCUCCUGCGCUUACAGAACUAGAUUUGUACGCUUGCUUAUUGUGGGGGAUGCCAAUGGUUGACAUCUUUGCUCCAGCGCUGGGGACACUUCGUUGGGUUGAUUUUUUCCGUUCGAGUUCAGUCCGAUUCAGAGCAAUGCCAAACGUCCAUACACUUGCUGUCUUUGUCAUGGUGUAUGGAUACGUUUCACACUCUCUGCCACUCCUGCAGUAUUUUACGGAAGCCCGCGAUGUUCGUCUCUCUCUCGUCUACAGCUCUAUCAGCAGUAACGAUAAGCUCUUGGUGGAAGCAGUGAAAGAUGAGCUCCCUGCCAUUGAAAUCCUAUUUCUGCGGUUAUUAACAGAAGGACAUACUUUUGGACCUUGAGUAUUCCAUUUGCUUAGGAUGUCUCCCAGUACAAGGGAGCUGAAGCUGCAGUUAGAAGAUCACACUGAGGGUAGAAAAGUUCCUUGCUCAUCUGGCUGCAUUUGUUACAAGCCCCGUGACUGGGAAACCAUGAAUUUGAGCUUGGUGUUUCUCCAGAAAGUUGAAAUCAACAACUUGAGUGGAGCAGAGUGUCAAAUAUAUUUUGUCAAACGACUGUUGAGAUGGACGCCAGUGCUCAAGACGAUUACUCUAAGUUUUGAUCCUUCAGUAACAGUUAGCGAGGAGCUGUCUAAGGAGCUACUUAGCUUCUCUACCCCAGAGAUUUGCAUGGAAAUUUACUUGCACCGCGAUGGAGCUAGGGUGAAGUAUAGUGCAGCAAACUAGACCUAGAGAUGAUUAACUCACGAUGAAAUGGAGCACAGUAAUCACCGAAACCAGGCAAUUUCAGGCCUUCCUUUCAGAUCAACUAGAGUCAAAGAUGUUCGUCUGUCAUGAUAGAGGAUUGUCGUAUACUUGGGUAUUGUUGACUGCACGCACUAACAACUUGGGCCCCAACGUGUGUUUACAUUCUCUGAGGAACGUUUCCAACAUGCAUUUGGAAGUUUUCUUGCUGCUGGUGAAAAUUGUCAGAUUGGAAUUUUGUUCCAUUUAAAUGGGAAUGCUGUGUUUUCCUUGCAGGAGUAUAUGAUUUGUUCAAUUUGCUCCAGGCACCCAGGUCAGUGUUCAAUUCUGCCGUGGGAGGGUUAUCACAGUUCAGUGUAAGAUAUCUCAAAAAAAAAAAAA